AUGGAGGAAACGAAAGUUAUUUAUUACAUAGACGAUGAAGAAACACCAUAUUUAGUGAAAAUUCCCAUAUCACCUGAAAAAGUGACGUUAUUGGACUUCAAAAACCAAUUGAAUAGACCGAACUAUAAAUUUUUCUUUAAAUCUAUGGACGAUGACUUUGGUGUUGUGAAAGAAGAAAUUGUAGAUGAUAACGCUCAUUUGCCGUGUUUUAAUGGUCGUGUUGUGUCGUGGCUAGUGUCUGCGGAGGGCUCAAACCCAUCGGACGGUGCGUCUCAGUGUACAGAUAGCAAUGCUGGCAAGGGGAAACAAACUCAUGGAGCGCCGGCACCGGUCACCAGAGACACCUGUACAGACACAGAUAGCACCAUUAGCUCACGCCCUGGACACAGAGCAUCCUGCGAUAAAUAUAAAUACCGCGGAUUACGGAUAAACGGACACUCAAAAUAUGGCAACCACGGUUUGGAAUAUGAAACAGCUUCAGUACUGUCUUCCGACUUGGACUCCACCAGCCUCUUCGACAGUCAGUCUGAAAUCACUACGACCACAGGCAGACACACUAACGCUUCAGUAGACCGUGCAUUGACCGAAUGUAGCAGCGUAUCACAUCUUCAAGUUAGUUCUAGGAAAAGACCGCAGCGUAGACGAAAAAGACCGCAAGUUAUGUCCAGAACGUCGUCUUACUCAUCGAUUACUGACUCUACGAUGUCUAUGCACAUAAUUACAGUCACAUUAAAUAUGGAUACAGUGAAUUUUCUAGGUAUUUCUAUAGUAGGACAGUCUAAUAAGGGUGGAGAUGGGGGAAUAUAUGUUGGAAGUAUUAUGAAAGGUGGUGCUGUGGCCCUGGAUGGGAGGAUAGAGCCAGGAGACAUGAUAUUACAGGUUAACGAUGUAAACUUCGAGGAUAUGACCAAUGAUGAAGCUGUUCGAGUGCUUCGGGAGGUGGUGCAGAAGCCUGGACCCAUCAAGCUGGUCGUAGCCAAGUGUUGGGACCCCAAUCCCAAAGGGUACUUCACGAUACCAAGAACGGAGCCGGUCAGGCCUAUAGACCCUGGAGCAUGGGUGGCCCACACACAGGCACUCCGCGAAGCAUACCCUCCCCCACCACCAUCUUUGUCAGCUCUCCCUGUAUCCUCAGUAUCGGAGAGGGGAGCUUCGGACGCCAGCACAGUGCCUGCUGGUGGGUUGGAGCCACAGUUAUCUGUUAACAUGGAUAUGGCCAUAGUUGUGAGAGCUAUGCUGAGGCCUGAAUCAGGUCUGGAGAUAAGAGACAGGAUGUGGCUGAAGAUCACGAUUCCCAACGCGUUCAUAGGCGCUGACGUCGUGGACUGGAUCCUGCAACACGUGGCCGGCAUCGCUGACAGGAGGGACGCCAGGAAAUAUGCCUCGCAUAUGCUCAAAGCUGGCUUCAUACGCCACACGGUGAACAAGAUCACAUUCUCGGAGCAGUGCUACUACGUGGCCGGGGAGCUGUGCGCUGAACUCGCCGCGCUGAGGCUGCGCAGCAACGACAACGACAGCCUGCUCAGCGACACUUUAGCACCUUUACCCAACCCCAAUGUGAUGGGUCCCGGCUACAUGCCCUAUGCGGGCUCGUACGGCUACCAGCCCAUACCUUUCAAAUACUCCUCGUGUCUUAACAGCGAACACACCAUUUAUGGCUACAACCGCGAGGAGAGCGUAAUCUCUGGCAGCGGCGGGUCGAGUGGAGGAUCGGAGCGCCUGACGGCCAAGGAGGCGCCGCCCGACCUUAAAUCGACGAGCUCGGGCUCCGCGCCCGACCUGGCGCCCGACGCGCCCCCCGCUCCCAACUUGCCGCCUAACAUGCCACCCAACAUGCCGCCCAGCACGCGCCGUAGUCAUUCACACUCCAGUGGCUCCGAGCGGAACGUUCGGCCCGUGCUGUUCCUAUAG